AUGUGGCUCCCCAAGUUUCCAUUAAACGAUGCGGAUUUAUGUAGUAAACCAAAUGCCUCUGAAUCAGUUUGCAAAAAUUCAAAAGUUAACAUGAUUCAGAUCCAGAAAUGCGUAGACAAUAAUAUAAAGCCUGAUGUGAUCAGUUGCCUCAGACGCAGUCAAACUGCACUGUCUCUGAUUGGGAGUAAGAACUCUCCAGCUGGAAAUCAGACAAGGGCAAAAACAAAGAACCCAGAAGCCCAACAGGACAUUUCGGUUUCCAAAGUCUUUUCAAGGAUGUUUUAUAUAGCGAAGCCCAACGCACCUUCAUUCCAAAUAGAAAAUGUGCCUGGUUACCCGAAAAAGGCAACUCCAUUUUUCAUUUCCUUGAUGGAGCUUGAACUUGUUGUCAAUGAGAUUUGCAACAGGGAGCCUCCAGGUGGCUUGUGUGAUGCUUUUACAUCACCAUCUGCUGGUAUUCUGGCCCGACUUCCAAGGUGGUCAACAAGUAUCCAAAUUGCUUGUGAAUUUUAUUUUCCAGUCUGUUUUUCAGGAGAAGUGACCAGCUAUGUUUAUAACUGGAAGAACUACAGUCUCUUCAGUUUGCCUUGGGAUUUGCCAUGAACUUGGUAUUUAAACUUCUUAGGAGUUAAAUGCUGCUACUACUGGUUCCAUCUACAUAAGGUUAAUAUCAUAUGGGCUGGACAAACACACCACAGGUCUGAAAUCUAUAACUUAUCCACAGCACUGGGACUGUCUGCAAUCCGGAUAUAUUUUCUACUCUCCCCGGCCUUCUUCAUACCUACUUCAGUACAGGCUGUUCAUCUUCGGUUCAGUUGCCUCUACCUAUUUUGGAUGCACACAGAGGUCAUCAAUAAACUUGUCCCUUAGGAACCUAUUCUUAACACUCCUAGCCAUGAUAAGAGUCAGCACAGCAGAAGGUAUUAUUGCACAGACAAAAUUUUUGCUGGCAUUCAUAUUUGGGGUAGAAUUUUUAGUAUGUAUGAAAAUAAAAGCAUUAAAGUUGUACAUGGUCUAAUACAUCUCAUUAAUACUUUUAAACCACUCAAGUUGUAGUUCCAUUAUUUAUUUUACAUAUGGACUAUGUUCAGGACCACCCCUGAAUUCUUUCAUAAGUUUUCUGUCAUAUGUAAAGGACCAGAGGAUCCAGAUAAACUAAGCCUUGGGCUGAAUGAAGAGAUCCCAGGAGUUACACAGAAAGAAGUUCAUUUCUCAUAAUCUGCAUCCCAGUUAUUAAAGAUGCAUAUAGUUAUACAGUUCACCCUGAUGCUAGCAUUUUAUGAAUAGAUCUUUGCAAAUACACAAGACCAGGAAGCACUGGUCUCCGUGGCUGACUGGGUCUUCCUGUGUGGUUCCUUGAUGAUUGACACAUGGCAUAAUGGAGAACUUGCACUUUCUUUAGCUAAGUUGCGCCCAAGUCCCUGUGAGGGGUGCAGCCAGGAAGAUGACACCUGCAUCCACCUGAGACAGGUAACUGCAAUCUUGCAUUCUGAAAAAUCUUCUCACAGAGGUGUGAGCUAA